GGAGUAUUCACCGCCCUCUAUCAACAUAUGCGUUACACAGGUACGAAAAUACGUUAGGAUAUAACUUGUGUAAAUUGUGUCCCUCUUUUGUUAGUCUUUAUAGGGGGGAUUCCUGUACACUGCUCAAAUUAUUGACCUAUAUCUACACGGAAUUAGUAAUUCCCGUUCAAUGCUAUGUCUCAUGAUCUUUUAAAAACUGCUACUCACCCACAAAGAGUUCGCUUCUUGUAUAAAUUCAUACUGAAUUUACAUCGUUCACUGCCUCCUACUUUAAAAGAUAUCGGUGAUAAGUACGUGAAAGCAGAGUUUCAGAAACACAAGAAUGCUAAACCUGAGUUUAUUCAACCAUUUAUGAUUGAGUGGACAAAGUAUGCAGUUGAAUUAUCAAUGCAAAUCAGAGCAAAACAACAAGAAGCCAACGGUAAAAGUGUAGACGAGCCGAAAAUUGGCAAACCAUUAGAUGAUAAGCUGUUGAAUUACUUUUCAGAAGCACAACUCAGUCAAUUACUGACUCUUGCUAAAGAGAUUUACGAAGAAAAUCAAGAGCCAGUGAGUAAAGUCAACUAACUGAUUCUUCCUGUCGCAUAUUCUUUACCUUGGCGAGAAUUUGUCAUUCUCUCUGGUUGAACUAUGAUCUCAUAACACACUAUUGUUUGAAUGUGCUUCGUGUUUUCUUCUUCUUCUUCUGAUUCUUGUCAUUUCCUGUCCUUUGUACAGAUAUUUUUUUCAGUAGAAUAUCGGUUAUAAAAUGCCGCUUGUAGAAUAUAAUAAAAUAUUGGUAU